GUUAACUGGAAUUAGAGGCUGCCUGUGUAGACAGACCAUCAUGUGGCUGAAAGCUGAAGGGUGAAGGCUGGGGAAGCAGAGCAACCGUCCGUCUCACCGGAGAAGCGGGCUCCAUGUAAAAAUGCCAACCUUUUCAGUCAUGUAUAAAGGAGCUGUCAUCAUUAGCAGGACACUCAUGGGUCCAUAUGGAGUAGACCGAGCUGUUCAUUCCAUGGAAUUUACAGACUGUGAGAAUGGCCUGGGAAUUAAAGUGAUUGGUGGAGUAAAGGAGCUAACUGGAGAGGAGUUCGGAGUCUUCGUCAAACGGAUUUUACAAGGUGGCCUUGCUUCAAGUGAUGGACACCUGAUGGCAGGAGACCAGAUCUUGGAGGUGAAUGGGGACAGUUUAGUAGGAGUCACAAGUGAAAGAGCGGUGGAUAUCUUGAGAGCAGCCUCUGCAACCAAUCACAUGCACCUUCUCAUAGCCAGAGAUGAGGAAGCAAAGAGAGAAUUUGCUGAGCUGCUGGAGAAAUAUGGAUCCAAUGGUAGCACAGGAUCAACACGCAACUCUCCCAUCCAGCAAGGCAGUCGCUACCUGGAUAGUACAUCAUCUGGAUCCUCGUCACGCUCUCAGAGUCCUUUGUUGUUGAGCCCAGCAGGCUCUCAGAACACGUACAACAACAGUGGGCCACUGCUGCGCUCCCUCAGUCACCCAGGUGAAGGAGUGAUUCAACUUCAUUCAGUGACACGAUCCAGCAGUUUAGGCAUUACCAUCGGAGGAGGCUCCAACAGGCCCAAUGGCCCCGCAGUCUUCAUCCAGGAGGUGCUGUCUGGAGGAGACUGUCACCGGGAUGGACGUCUUAGACCUGGAGAUCAGCUCAUUGCCAUUAACAAAGAGUCCUUGAUAGGUGUAACCCAUGAGGAAGCCAAAAGCAUACUGAGCAAAGUCAAAUUCAGCCAAGACAGUACGGUGGAGAUAGCUUUCAUCCCAGGUAAAGGACUUUUUCCAAGCAGCACGUCUCUCCACAAUGGAGUCCAGCGAGCUGCGGGAAACAGCUGCAACUCUGGACGUUUAAAAGUCCACAUCAGAUCCCCUGAGAUUUGUACAGAGGAGCCAGCCCCAGUGUCUUCACCUUCUCCUGACAUCUGCCCACCAGAUAUUCAUAUUUCAGAUCUGCUCCUACUCUUACCCACUACACCUGUCCCUAGCCUUGAGAGGCCCAGCCCAGACCCAACAUCAUUUGUAGAGGCCUUGUCCUUCCUUGGAUUGGAUGUCACAGAAGAGAAGAGAAAGAAGUUGAGACAGAAUCUGACCACAGACCCACAAGGCACUGUGGCCUAUGGAGACUUUGUGGAGGCCACCCGAAUCACCUUCCAGGACAACCUCGAGGAGCUGGAUUUAGGAGCGGGUCCCUUCAUGUUCUCCUAUCAUGAAGCAGCCAGUCUGAUGGACACAUCGGCCUUCCAUUCACCUACAUAUGAAUCAGAAUGCAGCUACAGCAGUGAGGAGAUGGAGCAGUUUCAGACAGAGGUGAAGCAGCUGCAGAACCAGAUGAAGCAGCUCAAGGUGAUGCUGAAGGACAUGGAGCAUAGCAAGAAAACCCUGGAGGAGGAGCUGCAGAAGACCUCAGAGAAAGCAUGUUUGACUGUCGAGGAAAACACUCGUCUGAAGAGUCGUUUGCAGGCAGCCGAGGCAGAGGCAGUGCAGCGGCAGGCCAGUGGUGCUGAGCAGGAUUACGAGGUAGUUAUCCAGCUGCUGGAGGCUGAGAUCACAGACUUGAAGAACCAGCUUGCCAGCAAAAGGCAAGAACGAGGAGUGGAAGCCACCAAGGAGGAGGUGCUGGAGCUGAACAGGAGGCUGACAAGCAUUGACUGCCAACUGAGGAAGUCAGAGAUGAGCAGGAAACACCUGGAGAUCUCCAACAAGAAACUACUGUGCUUUGCUCAGAAUGUCCACAAAGUGCUGACAACACCCAGCCUGUUUGGAGGAGAAGGCGGGAGCAACAGGUCGUCUCCAGCCACUGACAGCCCCGACACCCCAUCACCACUUCCUGAUCCUGCCUUCCAACUGGCUGCUGAGGCCAAAGAGCUCGUGGUGGGGGUCUUCAGUGUCACUGCUGAUGGCAAAGCAUCAGAAAGUGUGUCAGAGGCGGUAUCAGUCCCAGAUGUCAGACCUCAUCAUAUGUGAGCAACAAGAGCCAGAGAAGACAGUUGGAGGGCCAGGGCAGGCUGAAAAGGUGGAACAAACUGAACCCGCAACUGACUAUCCCAGUCAACAGCCAGACACAACGGCAGCCAAUAUAACUUCUGGAAAUAAUUACAUCACUUCAGUAAAUCUAAAUCCUCAAUUCACACAACACAGCCAAUGUUUUAAUGCCAAAGCUUGUUCGCACACAUCAAAUUAGUGUCUUCCUUUGUACUGUUCAACAAUCUCUCUGGAGGGUUCAGCAGUGGGAUGUGUUGGAAUCAGCCGUGACCCGAAGACUCUCAUCAUUCACUGAUAAAUCAUAUGUACAGAAUUCACCAUGAGAAGUGCUCUGCCAAAUAAAAAGUCUGCUGGAAUUCUCUUUUGUGUUAGUUUAACAGCAGGUGGUGUUGGAGGAGCUGCAUGGCUGAGUCCACAACACACACAUGCUGCUGUAAACCUUGUUAAUAGACCUCCCUGAC